AGGUUUGUAACAACGACUGUCUUGGAAGGGAACGAAGUAAACUGGAAGUAAAUAAUAUGAUUAUUCCUACGUUCCACGUUGACACUAUAGCGGAAUAUUGGCAGUACUUCCAUUUUCAUAUUUAUGUAAAACAAAUUGAAUUAAAAUUUAUACUACAGAUAAAUUUGUCAAAUUUUCCAUUUCACCCUUCUCGUGCACGCCAUCUGGUGUGUAAACCCCAUGAACUAUUACCAACCACAUUCUGCAUCGUUCUGCAUAAUAUUUACCCCAUCCCAAUGCACGCAUUUUUGCGUACGUUAGGCUUGUGUGUUGUCAGUUGUAGAGCGUAGUAAAAAUUAUGUGAAAUGAAAGGAAUAGCCAUUCCUGCUGAGGCAUCGUGUUUAUGGAGAGAUUUGGCGUUGAAGCGGCAAAGUUUAUCUAGGUUAAUUGGGCUGUAAUUGUAACAGUAUUAUUUCUGCAUAAGAAACAACACUGGUCUGAAUAUAUCUUCAUUUAUUGGUUAAAGCUGCUGGCACGUGUAUUGAAACAGACCAAAUUUAGAACAUGUCCAACUGGAAUAUGGACACAUUAUGCAACAGAUUUGCUUCAAAUAUCAGUAUUUGCAGUAAUUAAAUAAUUUUUUAUUUUAUAAGAGUAGUGAUUCAGUUUGCAUUUCACUUAAAAUGAGUCACAGUGAGAGCACUAAUGACAAAAAUGAUAGUAAGAGUGAUAAACCGAAGUCAGGUGUUGUCUUGGAGACGGAACGUAAGACUAGCAGUAAAGUAGGUAUAGGUUUGAUUGAGACUAUUCUAGGGGAAAUGAAAAGUGAAUUUAAUCGAGAAGUGAGAACCACUGAAAAUGUGAAGACAGAGAAAGAAAAAGAUGAAGAUAAAGAUAAAGGCAUCCAAGCGAGCAAAGGAUUGAUUGAUGGCCAGUCUUUGACAGUGAAAGGUGAGGCUCCAGAAUCUGAAACUGAUGAACAAAAACAGAGUGACAUUAAUCUGGACACUGAGUCAGGAGGUAAUAACCAAAACAGCGCUGUUGUGUUUACUGUUAGCUGCGAAAGUGAAAAAGAGAGUGAAGUAAUUGAUAGUGCAGAGACUCCAAGUGAAUCUUCAAAGAAUGACAGUAUAUUAUGCAAGGCAAGUGGUGAUGCUAAACCUAGGAUUGUAAUAACCCUAAAGACAUCAGAGGACUCCAGUGAGGGAACCAAGAAAAUAAAAGCGAAAAGCACACAGGAUAGUGAAUCAAAUAGUGAAGAAGUCUGGAGUUUAGUAAACCCAGAAUUGAAAGGUGAAACAGGUGGUGAAACAUCAGCUGUACCUCCUAAAACUGCUUCUCCCAGUCUAGCAUCAGGGAAGCGUUCUUUACGGAGUCAGGCAGCAGCUGCUGCAGCUAAGGCUACUGUUGAGGAACCAGCAGGUGUGAAGCGUUCAGCACGACGACGCUCAAAAGACUCUCCACGGGAAUCAGUGUUGCAGAGUGCAAUUGCUCGUAAGGAGAAAUCAUUCAGUAAUUUGAGCCAAGGUGAAGAUAAAAUCAGUGCUGCACGGAAUCUGAAGGUGUCAACUUAUCGCUCACCUCGUCUUAGUCCCAUUGAGAAGAACCAAGCUGCAGGGACAACACGAACCUCCAAGUCUCCUGCCAGAGCACCACUGUCUCCAUUUAAAUCUCCGAAGCUUUCUCAGCAGAAUUCAUAUAAUGAUCAGGCUUCUAGGUCUAAUAAGCCUGAAGACAAUGCAAGUACAACUGCAGAACCAACUACCAGGUCGUCUUCAACAGGAAAUAAAUCUACUGUCUUCAGUACAAGUAAGGCUGAAACCACUGUGAAAACAACAGUGAAACCUCAAAACUAUGUUCAAAGUGGUCAUGCUCAAACGUAUACAAAAACUGGAAAACGUCGCUACCGUCCAUACAAAGGUCUCAGGUACUCAUUUACUGGGAACAAUGUCAGGAGAACAAAGCCAUCUCGUCGACAGAUUAAGGAAUCUAAUAGCAACAAUAACGUGGAUGCUGCAGAGAAGAAAUCUCCAGAACCUGAAGAAACAAAUGAGGUAGCAGUAAUGCCCGAGGAGCCACUUGCAACAGUUGUUUCAUCACAGCAAGAGGAACCAGAAUGUGCUGACCCCAUUGCUGAGAGCCAUGCUGCUGAGUUUCCCAGCGUUGAUCUGUGUGGCAGUCGCAGUGGGAGCCCAGUAAUGACUGAAGCAUGUCAGACUACAUCACAAAAGAGAAAGCUGCAACCAGAUGAUCCUGAUGAUAAUGGUGAUGAUGAAGUGAAAGUUGUUUUUGCAGAGGAUGGGAACAAGCGUAGCCGUCUCAACAACAUUCCUUCUCCAAGCCCAGCAGACGGCAGUCAAGUACCAGCAAAACCUGAAUCCACUGCCAUUUCAAGUGGGGCUGGUACUGCUGCGCUGUGUUGCUGUCAGACCAAGUCACAGCUGUUUGUAUCUACUUGUGGCCAGAAUGGCACUGCAAGUGAACUAUACUGUCAAGCUAUGGAUACACUGGAUGAUCGUUUAGUUGGCUGUUGUAAUGCUGUCACUGCCCAGGACACAAGGCUUUCGCGUCCAAGUUGCAGAGUACCAUACCUGAUUUUAUGUGAUGUUCACAUGCAGCGAUUGCUUAGACAUAACUGUUGUCCAGGCUGUGGAGUUUUCUGUACUCAGGGGAAAUUUGUACAGUGUGCGUCAGCUCACUGGUAUCACCGUGACUGCCAGCUGACAGUUGAUUCAGCUUCUGUUUGUCCUCACUGUGGUCUUGAUUCUCCUCACACAGAUGUGAUCCUCACUAUGAGGUCAGGCAAGAACCCAGUGUUUUUGCCUCAGCAGAAGCCACCUAAGAAAGUGCCUUCUGCAAAAAUGACUUUUAGCACCAGCAGGGCAGGAGCGAAGACUGAAGAGGUGACCCUGAGAGAGCCAACACCUCCAUUAGUGCCACCAGCAAUGCUGACUUCACAGAUUUCUUCUACAGGAUUGGACAAGGACAAGUUAGCCGAGUUGUUGAGUGUUGCUUUCAGCAUGCGCAAACCCACAACCCCUGCUCCCAGGUAUUCAUUGAAGAGUUUUUACCAAGCUGCAAAAUCUGGGAAUGCAGAAAAAUUGGUUCAGAUACUAGGAAGUGGACUUAAUCCAAAUCAUUUAUUUCGGGAAUGUUCAAUGGGCACAGCACUUCAUGCAGCAUGUUCAGGUGGACAUCUGUCUAUUGUACACAUCCUUCUGCAGGCGGGGGUACAGCUUGAUGUUUUGGAUCGUGAUCAGAAUACUCCACUUAUGUUGGCAGCAAUGUCAAACCAUAAUGAUGUAGUGAAAUAUUUAGUAAAAGCAGGAGCAAAUGUGAUGAUUAAGGGUAGUGAUGGAAUGACUGCACUUCACCUUGCUGCUAAGGCUGGCAACAUUGAGUCCUGUCACUAUCUUCUAGCUGUAGCAAAUACAGUAAAGACAUACAUUGAUGUUGUUGAUGAUGGAGGCUGGACUCCGCUUGUAUGGGCAGCUGAGCAUUGUCAUGUUGAUGUUGCAAGGUAUUUAUUACAGAACCGAGCUGACCCUCUAAUUCGAGAUGCAGAACAAAACAUAGCACUGCAUUGGUCGGCAUACUCUGGUAGUGUGGAUAUUUCUGAGAUGUUGCUCAACUAUGGCUGUGAAGUCAACAGCACCAAUGUUCAUGGUGACACACCCCUUCACAUUGGAGCUCGACAGAACAUGUACAACUGUGUCCUGUUGCUACUGGCACGUGGGGCGAGAGUUGACAUUACUAAUAAAGCAGGAGACAGUCCUCUUGAUUGCUGCUUAGUUGAGAAUAGUGAUUGUUAUGUAGCAAUUAACCUUAAUAUCCAGCUUAAGGCAAUUGUUGCAAAUCCAAGGGAACGGACCCAGCGUAUUCUAACAAAUGAUAUUUCACGUGGGCAGGAACAAAAUCCUAUCCAGUGUGUGAAUGUGGAGGAUGAUGAGGGAGAACCCACUGACUUUGUGUAUGUGAGUGAGAAUUGUUUCACAUCCAAUAUCUUUGUGGACCGCACUAUCACCUUACUUCAGUCCUGCAAAUGCUUGGAUAUGUGUUCCACUGUGGACUGCCAAUGUGGGAAGAUCAGUCUCAGGUGCUGGUAUGAUGAUCAAGGGCAGCUUCUUCCUGACUUCAACUAUGCAGAUCCACCAAUGUUGUUUGAAUGUAAUCAAGGUUGUUCAUGUAAUCGAAUAACGUGUCAUAACCGAGUGGUACAGCAUGGGUUGACAGCACGAUUUCAGCUAUUUCGUACCAAAGAUAAAGGCUGGGGUGUGCGAACUCUUCGCCCAAUCAGCAAGGGUACAUAUGUUUGUGAGUAUAUUGGUGAGAUCAUCUCAGACUGUGAAGCUGAUCACAGGGAAGAUGAUUCAUAUCUGUUUGAUCUAGAUAAUAGAGAUGGAGAGACAUACUGCAUUGAUGCAAGGCACUAUGGCAAUGUGGCACGUUUCAUCAAUCACAUGUGUGUCCCAAAUUUGCUGCCAGUGCGAGUGUUCAUUGAUCAUCAGGAUCUCCACUUUCCUCGUAUCGCCUUCUUUGCAAACCGAGAUAUCGAAGCCAACGAGGAGCUGGGUUUCGACUAUGGUGAGAAAUUCUGGAUCAUCAAGUGCAAGUCUUUCACCUGUACGUGUGGUGCAGAAACGUGUCGUUACUCAGAGACCACCAUCAAGCAGACACUGGAUAACUACAAUAAGAGACUACUCCAGGAUGAACUCAUGCAGCAGAGUGAAUUGCAGUUGCUUCAGUAAAUGUACAGGUCUCCUUCAUGACCUAUGUGCUGCUGGACUGUGCAUCUACUCAGGGAGAAUUGUGUUAGAAUGAAUAUGUGAAAUUGCAGGCAAAAUAAAGUAAAGUAAUUUAUGUUAGACCAACAACAGUUGAUCUGCUGUCCAAAUAUUCUCCUCCUCUACUAACAUCACAGUAAUAUACAAGUCACUGUCACUGUGAGUUUGAUCGUUCAGUGAACUGUUAACGUUCACUUACAGCUGAUUGGUGAAGAAAUAAAUUUGAAAAUUCGUAGUAACCUGUGGAACAUAGGUGAUGAAUGUUUUCCAUCUCACCGAUGGAAAUUUAAAGAAGUUCCAACCUGCUUGAUAAACAGUUGUAGUAAGUAAUGAUUUAUAUUAUCAAAUAUUAUUGUUGUCAUCAUAAAAUCUGUAAUAAGACACCCUAUACUUAGCAGCAUGUCAACCAAUAAAAUAUUCUGUGCUACUUAGGCAAAUCAUAGUGAUUGUUUGCCAAGGCUGUUAUAGAACAUGUUGAGUUUGUUUAUGUGUCGUCAGUUUUACAGUAUUGUGUGUAAUGGGUUUUACUUCUCCAGCCAGGCAUGUGCCUGCUUAGAGACUUUGGACAAGGAAUUUUGGAAACUGAAAUACAGGGUGUCCGGAUGAAAGGUAUCCAAAAUAAAAUCAUUAUAUCUCAGAAAAAGUUUAUUAUACACAUUAAUGUGUUACUCCAUUACAAAGGGAUACUAUCAUUUUUUUGCGUAUAUAAUUUUCUCAAUAAAUUUAAAUGUGUGCUCCCUUGGUGGCACAACAAAUAUCCAAGUUUGAAGAAUGUUUGGUGUUACCAUUAAAUUCGUUAAAAAAUAAAUCUUCUUGUGGAUAUGAUGGGUUGUCAAAUAAAAUCAUUAAAUUAUGUGGUGAACAGAUAGCAAAACCACUUACUUAUAUUUAUAAUCUUUCUGUAAGUUCGGGCAUAUGUCCUGACCGAUUGAAAUUUGCAAAUAUUAUACCAUGUUUUAAGAAAGGUGAUGUUACUGAAAUUGCGAACUAUAGACUGAUAUCUUUAUUGACAAGUUUCUCUAAAUUAUUUGAAAUAUUAGUGUUUAGCAGGCUUAAACAGCAUUUUAUAAGAAAUGAUAUCCUGGCUCCUGAGCAAUAUAGCUUUCGUAAGGAUAUUUCUACACAAACCACAGUCUUUCAUCUAACUGAUACUGUUCUUAAAGCAUGGAAGAAUAAGGAGUUUGUGGUAGGUAUUUUUUGUGAUUUGAUAAGGCCUUUGAUUGUGUCAGUCAUGAUCUGUUGAUUCAAAAGUUGAAAAUUUAUAGAGUCAAAGGGCCUAUUUUGAAAUGGUUGGAGACUUGUUUAAAAAAUAGAAUGCAAAGAGUUGUGCUGCAUACUUGUAAUUCGACUACUACAGUCUCUGAAUGGAAAUCUAUAAGGUUUGGUGUUCCACACAGAUCUGUUCUGGGACCAGUGUUGCUUAAUGUUUAUAUUGUAACGUGUUUUUUCCACUGAAGACGCUGUUUGGAUUGUUAAUUUGAGCCGUCGAGUCCCUUGACCCUGUGGGUCGAGAACCACGCUCUGCUACCACUUUGAGCCGUCGAGUCCCUCGACCCUGUGGGUCGAGAACCCAGUUCUCCUACCCACUUAGUCCCGUGAACUCCUUUUCAAUAUGGGUAAGGGACAGGCUCAUGAGAACGACUUGCUUGUACGUGAUGCACUA